GCUAAAUCGAACGCUCUAAAAGCAAUGUCAGUCGCUCGCUGGGUGGGUCGCGGUUAGAAAAGCCCGGCGAGUUACGCCGGCCACGCGUUACUUCGAUUAACUAACAUGUUAUUUAGUGUUUAGUAUUAUAUCAAAAAUCAAUAAUAGUGAGUAGUAAAAUACCUUCCUAUAAUAUAAUAGUGAUGUGCUAACUAACUUUUAUCUGGACCUGCGUGAAUUCUCAUUGAAAGUUUGGGACCAAUACUGCAAAAAUUGUCGAUGCCCUUGCGUCCUAUAAUUAGUUAUAUUUAUGUAAUACCUUAUUACACGUUUAUAUAGAUUCUCCGUUGGAUUCAUUAUAAUAAAGAUGUCGCGGAGAAGGUUGUUGCUGGGCGGUGCGGCGGGCGUCACCGGCGCUGUCAUGGCGGCUUGGGCUCUCGCCGCCGACGACUCCCCAGUCGAAUGGUACAAACCAGCAACUGUGUCGGCACGCACAGAGCGCCGCAAGAGGCCGCUACCGUCUCGCACCGAGCAGGUCAACAUGCUGCAAGCGGGGCACACGUACGAUGUGCUCAUCAUUGGCGGCGGGGCCACGGGUGCCGGCUGCGCGCUAGAUGCUACAACCAGGGGUCUUCGUACCGCCCUAGUUGAGGCGGACGACUUCGCAAGUGGCACAUCAAGUCGCAGUACGAAAUUGAUCCACGGCGGCGUGCGCUACUUGCAGAAGGCCAUCAUGCAGCUCGACUACGACCAGUACAAGAUGGUCAAGGAGGCGCUGCACGAACGUGCUAAUAUGUUGGAAGUGGCACCACACUUAACACGUCCACUACCGAUCUUGUUACCGGUGUACAAGUGGUGGCAAGUACCCUACUACUGGUUCGGUAUCAAGAUGUACGAUCUUGUGGCGGGCGACAGAAACGUGAAGAGCUCCUACUAUUUGUCGAAGAAGAACACACUCGAAUUGUUUCCUAUGUUGAAGUCGGAUAACCUUUGCGGUGGUAUCGUGUACUAUGACGGACAACAGGACGACGCUCGUAUGAAUCUAGCAAUAGCAUUGACAGCAGCCCGGCAUGGUGCUACCAUAGCCAAUCAUGUGAGCGUCACCAAAUUGCAUAAGACGGCUGGCAAGCUGAGCGGAGCACGACUCAGGGAUGAGAUGACAGGGAAGGAGUGGGACAUAAAAGCUAAAUGUAUCAUCAACGCGACCGGACCCUUCACUGAUACCAUACGGAAGAUGGAUGAUGAUACCGUGAAAGAGAUCUGCUGUCCUUCGUCAGGAGUUCACAUUGUACUGCCUGGAUAUUAUAGUCCGGAGCACAUGGGUCUUCUUGACCCUGCGACGUCCGACGGGCGCGUGAUCUUCUUCCUGCCGUGGCUGAAGGGUACCAUCGCCGGCACCACGGACCUGCCCUGCCAGGUCACACACAACCCCAAACCCACUGAAGAUGAGAUCCUGUUCAUCCUCACAGAGGUCAAGAAUUACCUCAAUCCUGAUGUUGAAGUCCGGCGCGGCGAUGUACUGUCUGCGUGGUCCGGUAUCCGGCCGCUGGUGUCGGACCCCAACAAGCCGGACACUCAGUCGUUGGCGCGCAACCACAUCGUGCACGUCUCUCCUGGAGGACUUGUCACCAUCGCAGGCGGCAAGUGGACAACCUACCGCGCCAUGGCCGCGGAGACCAUAGACACCGCCAUUCAAAGUGCAAACUUGAAGCCGCUGUACAAAGAGUGCCAGACGGACGGAUUCCUGAUCGAAGGUGCCCACGGCUGGACCCCCACCAUGUAUAUACGUCUCGUGCAGGACUUCGGACUUGAAAUGGAGGUCGCACAACACUUGGCCAAAUCUUACGGCGACCGCGCAUUCGCCGUCGCCAAAAUGGCGGCUAUGACCGGCAAGCGGUGGCCCAUCAUUGGCAAGAAAGUUCACCCCGAGUUUCCUUACAUUGAUGCUGAAAUCAGAUACGGAGUGCGAGAGUACGCGUGUACUGCAGUGGACAUGAUAGCUCGCAGACUGCGGCUGGCCUUCCUCAACGUGCAGGCCGCAGUGGAGGCGCUGCCCGCCAUCACUGACAUCAUGGCUGAAGAACUCAAGUGGAGCGAUCAAGAGAAAAACAGACAAAUCAAAAUGGCGAGCGAGUUUCUGGCCAACGAGAUGGGUCAGAUGGUGAACAGGGCGAGUCGCGACAAGAUCCCCAUCAACCUGAGCAAGGAGGAGAUACAGACUUACAUCAAACGUUUCCAGAUCAUAGACAAGGAUCGCAAAGGAUUCGUAUCCAUUAACGAUAUCAGGAGAAGUCUUAAGAGUAUGGGUGUGAAACCGACUGAUGCAGAAAUAAGUUCCAUAUUAUCAGAAAUAGAUUUGACUUAUCACGGCCAGUUGGAGCUGCAGGACUACCUACAGAUGAUGUCGGCCAUUAAAUCUGGUCACGUGGCGUACUCGCGUUUCGCGCGCAUGGCUGAGAUGGAAGAAGCACACCAAGAGAAGGAGGCGCUCAAGAAAAAGAUCACCGUCGAGAGGAGCGGCGGAGGCUUGUAAAA